AUGGCCCUUACUAAGAUGGUUAAGCAAAUUGAGAUCAAGUUUGACGGAGACGUGUUUCAUGAGCUCUUUAGGUACAAGCCGCACAAUAUAUCUAGUAUGAGUCCUGAUAAAGUUAAAGGUUGUGAUUUAAAUGAAGGCGAAUGGGGAACUGUAGGCUCUAUCAUUGUCUGGAAAUACAAAUGAUUGGGUUAAAAAUGGGAAGAGUGUGUUGCUAAAGGCAUAAUUCAAGCCAUAGAUGAAGAGAAGAAGUCUGUCACAUUUGAUGAGAUUGAAGGAGUCUGUCACCUUUCUCGCAACUUGGUGACAUGGAGCUUCGAAUACGAGAAGCUGAAUGAAGAUGUGCCAGAUCCGAACACAUUCAUGGACUUUCUUCUUAAUCUCACGAAAGAUAUCGAGACUCGCCACCUCGGAACACCAAAGCCAGAUGCUCACUAA